GAUCAAGCAGAAGAGAAAGUGGGAAGAAGUAGAAAGUGAAAGUGUCGCCAAGCCUUCUAGGGUGGGUUGAAACUCCGAAAACGUGGAUGUGUUUCAAUGCACCGCGUUGUGAAACAUAAGAUAAAUGGAAAGAAACCAACAGUUUUGUUUAAUGAUAAGGGACAACCGUAUGGUGUGGCUGCUGCAGAGAUGCAAUGUUAUAUUGGAGUUUUGGCCAGGACAAAAGCUCCAAUAUGGUUUGACACUUGGAGGCAAGUUCCGGUAACCAUCAAGAACAAGAUUUGGAAAUUUGUCACGUUGGGGUUCGACCUACCCUCUUCUGCACAAAAACUUGUGCUGCAGUCGGCAAAUUCGAAGUGGAAACAAUUCAAGAGUACCCUGACAUUCCAUGAUGAGCAUGUGAAGAGAGUUAAGGAAAACAAAUAUCCUCAUCGCUUGUCCCGAAAAGGCUAUGCAAACCUGGAACAAGAAUGGGCAAAAACACACAGUGGAGAUGAGUCAGUCAUUGAUCGAUCUGUUACGUGGGUCCUUGCAAGGAAGGACAAAGAAGGAAAUUUCAAGAGUGACUCUACAAAACAGAAGGCGGAGGAAAUUGAGUUCUUAAGGGAACAAGUAUGUUCUGGUGUGCUUACUGAAGAAGGUGAUGAUGAUGUAUUGACCAAGGCUCUUGGGAAGCCCGAGCACGGUGGAAGAGUUCGAGGUCAAGGAAUGCAUGUGAGGAAGGCUGUGUAUUUCAAUCUCCCGCGGUCAAAGAAGCAGAAGACACAAACAACGGUUGAUGAGCAAGUGAAGGAGGGUGUGAGAGAACUUUUGGCAGAGGAGGGUGAGAACGGUGGCCAAUUCCAUUCUCGAUUACUGUUCACUUUCUUCUCCAAUGUUUCUUGGCUACUCCCUCUGAUUCCCCCUGCUGCUAUGAGUUCCGGAAAAGCCCAAAGUGGUAAGAAGAUUAAGAGGAAGGUUCCCAGAAGCCCUAAGAAGAACGGGGCUAAAGAAGAUGCUACGAAGGUUUCCAGCUUGGCUACCGACAUAGCUAUGCAAGCACUUGAGGAAGAGCGGGCCCAGACUGCUUCUUCCUCGUCUGCAACGUCCCCUCCUUUUGUUGAAGUUGUCCCAGAACGCGCUCCUCAGGUGGGGAAAACUACUGCGCAGAACACCCCCCAGGUGCUUGACAAUAUGCCUGAACCAGAGAAGGCUGCUGCCAAACCCGUUACCUUUGCUGACCUCUUCAAAGGUAAUAGGGACCCUGACCAAGGUAUGACUUUGAAGCAUUAUGAUUUUGGUGAAGGCGUUCUCCAUAUCCCAGAUUCUGUCAUCAAGCCUGUUGAAGAACUUUGGGGUUUUUGCCUAGUGGGGUGCUUCACUGGACGUUUCCCUGGUCUCAAGGCAGUUGACGCUAUUGUAAAGAGUUGGAAUGUGCCUUGUAAAAUUAAUCCCCACUGCAAGGGUUGGGUCAUCCUAGAGUUUGAAACUGACAGUGAUAGAAUGGCAGUUCUGGGCAGGGAGAGGGAUAAAGCUUAUGGAAAGGAGUUUAGGCUAAAAAUCCCAUCUCAUGGAUUCAUGUUUGACUUUGCUGAGUUCACCACACUUCCUGUUUGGGUCCAGCUUCACAAUGUACCACUGCAAUUAUGGUCUGAGGAAGCAAUUGGGAUGUUGGCUUCAAAAGUUGGAAAACCCCUAAGGACUGAUCUUGUUACUAAACAGCAUGGCAAGGGUGGUUUUUGUAGAGUGCUUGUUGAGGUAGAUUUCUCUAAACGGCCUGUGACUCAUUUUGAGGUAUCUUGCAUGGGAAAGUCCUACACACAAAAGGUGGAAUUUGAGGAAGACCCAAAAUAUUGUUACCACUGCAAAACUUGGAACCAUGGCCCCUACCAUUGUAGAGCUUUGGAGCUGAAAGCUAAACAGGACCAGGCAGAAUUGGAGGCUAAACAGGACCAUGCUGAGUUGGAGGCUAAACACAAUGAAGCUACGGACAAGCCAAAUGAGCAUAAGGGGCAUCUUGGGAAAGGAGAUCUCCAUUCUGUUCAAGUCUUGAUGGACGCACUGGACCAUUUCUCUAGAGUUUCUGGGCUGACCCUCAAUCCCACUAAAUCCAACAUCUUCCUCGCUGGAAAAUACAGGGACAGUAGUCAUGCUCUUUUGGCUCUUGCCUCCUUUCCUCGUGGUCAGCUUCCUGUUAGGUACUUGGGCCUUCCUCUUGCUUCUCAAAGGAUAUCAGAGAAAGACUUUGCACCGCUCUUCAAAACUGUGGAAGGUUAUUUGUCUAAAUGGAGUACCCUUAAACUCUCUUAUGCUGGGAGAUUGGAACUUGUCAGGGCUGUUAUACAAGGGGUGCAAUCCUUUUGGCUUCAGGUGUUCCCGGUCCAAAAAUACGUUCUUGACUGCAUCACCUCCCUCUGUAGAAACUUCCUCUGGGGCAGUAAACUUGCAAAGGUGGCCUGGGUGGAUAUUUGCAAACCAAAGACUGAGGGGGGGCUGGGCCUUAAAGAUAUUACUUCGUGGAACAACGCACUCUUAUGCAAACUCCUUUGGAACCUAGCAGCAAAGAAGGACUCCUUGUGGGUUAAAUGGGUCCAUAAUAUCUAUAUUCAAGGCAGUGAUGUUUGGCAGUGGCAACCCAAGAAGAGGAAUUCUGUUUUCCUCAAGAGGUUAGCCCAUGUACGAGAGCUUUUGGUCCAAAAGCUGGCUGACUGUAAUUCCAAUAUGGACAUGGCUAUGCAACCCUACUGUUCGGCAGAUGGUUUGACAAACACAGUGGCUUCUUGGUUUAAUCCAGAUGAAAUUGAGGAGGAUGAUAAGCUAAAAUAUAAGAAGGCCAAUUACUGUAGGGUCCUCAUCAACAUGGACCUAUCCAAGACUCCACCCUUAAAUGUGCCUGUUAAGUUUGUGGGAGGAAGCUAUAACCAGAAAGUGGAAUAUGAAGACAUGCCACAGUACUGCCACCACUGCCGAUGCUUUGGUCAUGACCCUUUCAACUGCAAAGUUCUUCAUGAAAUCAACAAAAAGAGAUUUAGUGAAGAACAAAAAGCAAAGGAGAAGGCUAGGGUUGAAACCCUUAAGACCAUCAUGUUAACAGAGGCUAAGGCAGCUGCAGAAACUGAUAACCAGGUGAAGACUGGGAAAAAUACUGAAAAAACAGAUGGUAAGGAAGGAAAGGAAAACCAGGACAAGGGAAAAGGAAUUCUCGUUGGUGAUGAUGGUGGAGGCAAUGAGAAAAUUGAUCCUAAUGAUCCCUCACCAUCAUUCACUGUCUUUGUGGACAAGGAUGGGUUCACUCAGGGGAACAAAUGGGCCAAGCUGGAUAGAGUGUUGGUCAACUAUGAAUGGGAUCUUUUGAACUGGGACUGCUGGGCUGAAUUCAAGGAUAUGGAACCACAGUCUGAUCACUGCCCAGUUGUUCUCAACCUUACCAGUCCUAACUACCAGGGCAGUAAAUCCUUCAAAUUCUUCAAUAUGUGGUUGAAGAAUGAGAGAUUUGAUGAUGUCCUAACGGAGAUCUGGAGCAAAAGGGUUGAGGGCACCAGACAGUACAGGUUGUGUAGGAAACUCAAGCUUUUGAAACAACCUUUGAAAGAGAUCAACAGAGCAGAGUAUGGUCACAUCUCCCUUAAAGCUUUGGAUGCCAGAAACAAAUACAGAAAUAUUAUGAGUAAAUUGGUUCUUGACCCUAAUAAUCAAACCCUCAUCACUGAGAGUGAGGUAAUCAGGAAGAGAGCCAAUUUCCUCCAGGAUGCAGAAAAAAGCUUCUUCCAGAAGAAAACCAAGUGUGAGCUACUCAUUGAAGGGGACAAAUGUAGUAAGUUCUUUCACAACUUGAUGAAAAAGAAGACAGCAUCAAAUGGAAUCCCUUUCCUUGUUACUGACCAAGGGAAUCUGACACAAUCACUUGAGAGCAUUGCCAAGGAAUUCAUUCACUAUUUCACCCAACUGUUUGGCAGUACUGCCCCCAUCCAACAGCUAGAUUGGGGUGUUUUCUCUGAAGGACCAAGCCUUGCUACCAUGGAUGCUACACAACUCACAAAGGAGGUAGAAAUUCAGGAGAAAUCCAACAUCUACUUGGCUGGACAAAUCAAGGGAAAUAUACAGCUGCUGCUCAACCUGGUUAACUUCCCUCAGGGUAGGCUUCCUGUCAAAUAUUUGGGCCUUCCACUCACUUCUCAAAGGGCAACUGAAAGAGACUUUGCCCCUCUUGUGGAUAUUGUUGAUGCUAAUAUUAGAAGAUGGAACACUAAAACUUUGUCUUUUGCUGGAAGAAGUGAAUUGAUUAAGACAGUUAUACAGGAUCAUUCCUUUGGGGCAGUAAAUUUUAUAAAGUGGCUUGGGAUGACAUCUGUAAACCUAAGGAGGAAGGAGGCCUGGGUAUCAGAAACUCUUUUGCUUGGAAUCAGGCUAUGUUGGCCAAAAAUCUUUGGAACAUUGCCUCCAACAAGGAAACACUUUGGGUACAGUGGGUUCAUACAGUCUACCUCAAAGGGAGAAGUUUCUAGACUUGGAUCCCCAAAAAGGGGGAUUCACACCUCUUCAAAAAACUUGCUGAGAAGACAUGGACAACAUGGGGAUGUAGGGAAGCUCGGGAAACUAGCCAGCAUGAGCACUAUCCAUCAUAUUUGGAAGUUGAGGAAUGCUGUAUAUUUUGAUAGCAAAGCUGUCAAUAAAGAAGCCACGAUUUGCCAAAUCAAGCUUGCUUGUGGAUUGGUUAUGCUUACUCUGGGCGAUGGGUGGUUGGAAACAAAACUGAUGCUGGAUGUUUGUCCCCCCUGGACAAACCUCCAUCAACUGUUUUGGGUCCUGGUUUGGGCUGGGAUCUUAACCAUGAUACCUGUUACCAAUCAUUCUUCAGAGUGGCCAGGGUACAUGGCUGGGGUACACCAGAUUCCUCAGGCAGCUUGGGAUUGGCUUGAGGAACUGCCUGAUGAUUGUAUGGCUGUGGUUACUGAUUGUGUUUACCAUGGCGCUUCAAACCAACCCUGCGUUGUAGAAGAGAGUACCACUCUUCGAAGGGAUUUGGGAUCACUUCUGACUGGCUUCACAAGGAAUCUGUUGUUUGUUCAUCGUUUGGAUUAUGCUAUGGGACAUAACAAGAAGAACAAGAAGAAUAAAGGGACCAAGAAAACCACCCAAAACAGCACAAACUUUGUCUUUGAUGGAACACCAAUUAGUGAGGCAAAGAAACGUGGGGCUGUUGGUCCAGGCAGAGGCAAACAUACGGCCAGCAACACUGGACUAAAUUCAGCUUCAUCCUCUGUUGAUUUGAGUGUCACUCUGAAUUCCUUUGACACACUAUCAAUUGAGGAAAUGUCUUUGUCACCAACACGGAAAAGGGAGGACAAGGACACUGCCACCUCUACUUUACCCCAAACUAAAACCAACAACCCCAUCAUUACUUCCUUGGACACUUCCUUUCAUCUAGUGGAUAACUGCAGCCCUUCUGAAGGAAUCUCAUUAGAUAAAGUUGAGGUGGGAGAGGAGGUGACCAUUCCGGCAGAGGGAUUCACUUCCCUGGAAGAGGAUUGGGGUUUUUGCUUGGUUGGAUGUUUUACAGGCCGGUUCCCGAGCAUUAAGGCCAUCGAGGAUCUCAUGUCAUCAUGGAAUGUACAGUGUAAACUCCUCCCUCACGAACAAGGCUGGGUUAUUUUCCAGUUUCUUAGUGAUGAAGACCGAAGGACCGUUCUCCGAAAUGGGCCUUACAUGCUCUUUCGUAAGACCCUUUUACUUCACAUUCUUCCGGAGGGGUUUCGCAUUAACUUUGAUGCAUUUAUGACGGUCGAUGUGUGGGUAAAGUUUGUUAAUGUGCCACUACAAUGUUGGAACAAGGUUGCGUUUGAUUGCUUGGGGUCUAGGGUGGGAACCCCCGUGCGAACAGACCAAGGAACCAAAUCUAGAGGAAGGGUUAGUUUUUGUAGAAUGUUGAUUCGGGUCGACAUGUCGAAGGAACUUCCCUUGUCUUUUGUUGUAAAUUUACCUGACGGUGAUAAGUAUACCCAAAGGGUUGUGUAUGAAGGCCUCCCAAAAUAUUGCUACCAUUGCAAAAAGUUUGGACACAACCUUCUAAAUUGUAGAGUCCUCCGGGCUUUACAUCACAGGAAAUUGGGUGACUUCACUCCCAAAACUUCACACCACUUCACAACAAAGAAACUGCCCAGUAAAGAGGGGGAAACCCCUGCCAAUACCUACUCCAGUAGGGGUCAAACCAGUGGGGAAACUUCCAAACGGGCCAGGAGAAGACGAGCGAGGCAUAAAACAGUGAUUGGUGACGGCAGCGAGGCCCCUGGCAGUAACACUGCCCUGCCCAAACCAGUGGCUAAGGCCCCUCUUUCAAAACAGUUGGAUAGUGUUGAUGUACCUAAAGUGGUUGAUGAGGGGAUGAGUCGUUUAAUACCUGCCAACACUGUUCCGGAAACCAAACAAAAGCUGAAGAAGAUUACUAAAGCCAAUGUUGACUCGGGUGAUGGCAACAAAGGACUGGACAGUGAUGCUGGUGCACCAAAACCAGUACCUAAACCAGCGCCAAAGCCUCCCACUUCGAGACAAACUGAAGACCAUGAUGGGGCUGACUUGCAUGGUGGAAAGGCUAGCCAAAGGGUUACUCCAGCGGCUGCAACGGAACCUAUUGAAGCAAUGAAGCCCAAAAAGCACAAGACUGCCAAGAUGGGUGGCAAUGCGCCAACCCUGAAAGUUGUGGAUGGGAAAAAGACUUCACUCCCUGGUGAACCCUCUGUCUCCAAACCUUGUGAUCAAAUUGGGAACAUCACGGCUGUUCCUAAGGAAAAGUCAGUGCAUGAAGGCCAAGCAACGACAACGCUGGAGACCAAGGAUGAUAAGGGGAAGCCGAAGAGAGUUAAGGACAAGAAGCCUUCAGAACCGGUUGCGGCUGUUGAAACCCACAAUGACACAACGUCUUCCUCCUCUUCGGGGGAGGCUAAAUCUCCGUGGAGAGUAGCCCAAGACAAGCAAAAGGAAGAGUGGAUUGAUCGUCUACUCAAGGCAGCCAUGCUACGAGUGGAUAGAAAUGACACCAAACGACCAAAGCUUGCACCGGAUUUGCUUAAAAAGAAAAUUGAAAAGAACCCAAGUACUCUACUUGAUGCCUAUGGCGAUGUGUUGAGUACAAAGGAGUAUAUGAAGGUGGUAAAUGCUAUGCGCGCAUCUAACACGUAGUUUAGAUUUGUGUAUUAUUUUUUCCACCUUGUUGAUUGGCUUUGCUUGCUUUUAAUUUUAUAGGGGUAUGCCCCGUUCCAUUGUUUGUAUGUCUUGUAUGUACACUUUGUAUUGACUCUCGGAUAUUAAUAAUUUACAUUUUAUCCU